AUGGCGCCAGUCCUGCGCGCGAGGCAAAGCCUGUCCAAGGAGAACUUCUCCAACUACUUUGGAAACCUCCGAAGUCAACCGUAUAGCGACCCCAAUAACUCAAGGGCUGCCAAUCCCCACAGCCUGCGCACAAUCGCUUGGAACCCUCUGGGAACCUUGGUCGCCACAGGUUCAUCAGAACGAAUUCUCAGAGUCUGGAACCCCGAGAAACCUCACAUCAAGUUCUCUACAGAGCUCAAGGGCCACACGGCCUCCAUUGAAAAGGUUGCCUUCAACCCGACUAAGGAUGCGGAGUUGUGCAGUGUGAGCAGUGAUGGAGUCGUAAAGUUCUGGGAUGUGCGGACGAAAGCGUGCUUCAACGAGGUCAAAGGCCUCGGAGACGCCUUCACCCUCGUUUGGGCACCAGACGGGAAUUCUCUCUUGGUGGGAAACAAGGCGGACACCAUCUUUAUCCUGUCGCCACAGCAGCCUACGCCCAUCAGCUCUCACCAACAGUCGAUUCAGACGAACCAGAUUGCGUUCUGCUGGAGCGGGAAGAAGAUCUUUGUGACCACAGCCGAGGGCCGCAUUCGGAUCUUGUCAUAUCCGGAGUUUGAGCCUGUGCUGCAUUCGAACAAUGGAGAUGAAUUUGAGCUGAAUGGUCACACGUCGUCGUGUCUGACGGCGGAGCUGCAGCCCACUGGGCGGUACCUGGCUACAGGAGGCUCAGACUCCAUCAUUUCGCUGUGGGACACGACAGACUGGGUCUGCCCGAGGACGAUUACUAGGAUGGUCGGGCCAGUCAAGAGUCUCAGCUUCACGUUCGACGGUAGCUAUGUCGUGGGAGGAAGUGAUGAAGGAUCUGGCCUGGAGAUCUCCCACGCCGAGACCGGGGAACAUGUGCAUACAUUCAAGACAGCGGGCUCGUGCCCGGUUGUGGCUUGGGCGCCAACACGUUAUUGCCUUGCUUACAGCGAUCUGGGAGUUCUUCGGAUUGUGGGGGUGGACGUGGAUAGGAAGUAG